CCGCCACGAGAGCUGGGCGCACGAGCGACUAUUUUAUAUAUAGAUAUAUUUUUAACAAAAGAAUACAACCUAGACGUUCGCCGUCUUCACAUCAACACACUUUCUCCUUUUGAGUUGAUUUCUAGUAGCGCGGGGCUCACCCCAGCAUCUUCCAUUAUCUCCUGCUGGAGUUCAUCAGUGGGAGGAGGUGUCGCUGAACUUAACGGUGAAGUUUAGGCUGCUGGAGACGCCUCGAAGGGAGGAAGUGAAGAUUUACAACUGACAACAACACUAAACGGAGCAGAGGAAGCUCGGCAGCCUUUGACGUGGAGGAGAGGUGAAGACAGGGACGCGAGAGGAGACGCUCGGAAACAGCAGCCCAGCCCCGUGCCUGCCCGCCGAGGUGCCGCGUCAUGGGGAAGCAGAACAGCAAGCUGCGGCCCGAGGUGCUGAACGACCUGCGAGAGAACACCGAGUUCACGGACCAGGAGCUGCAGGAGUGGUACCGCGGCUUCCUGAAGGACUGUCCCACCGGACACCUCACCGUGGAGGAGUUCAAGAAGAUCUACGCCAACUUCUUCCCGUACGGAGACGCCUCCAAGUUCGCCGAGCACGUCUUCCGCACGUUCGACACCAACGGCGACGCCACCAUCGACUUCCGGGAGUUCAUCAUCGCCCUGAGCGUGACGUCCCGCGGCGGCCUGGAGCAGAAGCUGCGCUGGGCCUUCAGCAUGUACGACCUGGACGGGAACGGGUACAUCAGCCGGGCCGAGAUGCUGGAGAUCGUCCAGGCAAUUUACAAGAUGGUGUCUUCAGUGAUGAAGAUGCCUGAAGAUGAGUCAACACCUGAGAAGAGAACAGAUAAGAUCUUCAGACAAAUGGACAUCGACAACGAUGGUAGAUUGUCGUUGGAGGAGUUCAUUAAAGGUGCCAAGAGCGACCCGUCCAUCGUGCGGCUGCUGCAGUCAGAUCAGGGAGCCUCCCGUCAAUUCUGAGGACACAAACCGUGACAGAACCACUCCGACGCACGCUCACCCUCACCCGUCCUGCUUGACGCCGUCCGCCCCGUACCGAGCUCGGUCACCUUCACAACAACCUCCGAUCAUCCUAACACUCCAUGUCUGAUUGUUUACAUUACUGUGUACUUCUCCCGUCGAUGUGGCGCCUGUGUGGACUCUGAAGUGCUUUUCAGUUCGGCUGUUGUGCAUUUGUGCUUUUCUAAAACCCCGUUACCUUAAAGUGAAGUGCCAUAUCAUGUAUUUAUAUACUGACUGGAUCAUGUACUCUUUAAGUAUUACGACUCCCGUUACGUUACACUGAGAGGAACCUAAUUAAAUCAGCUUGGUAUACUUUGAUUCAACUCGGCUGUUGAAAUGUGGCUUUUCGUUGUUCAGGAUGUCAAGUUCCGUGCGCCUUCGGUAUUGCAUGCACUCAGUAAAUAGACGUUUUCUGAUAUUGUAGCAUGUGAAAGGACGGAAAGACAAAAAAAAAAAAAAGAAAGAAAAAGGGAGGCAGUCAUUGUUUUUAUUACUUUUUAUUUUUGUAACAAAAAUGUAAUUUUGUUUUCACACAAUUCAAAUAAAGUCGUGUAAGAAAAAUCUA